UAAUAAUUAAUAUUACCGUAUUUGAUAGUGAUUCUUUAGUGCUUAAUACUAACCAUAGAGUACAAACCAAAAUACACGCUCCUUCAUACGCAUAAUGACUUAAAAUAAGUCGUGAUAAAACAUAUUAUGAUAGCUUAAGUAUUUUAAUUACUACUGCUGUUAAUUUGUCCAAAAAUACCUAUUCUACGUUGAAUAAAUGAUUUUCAGCAUGUUUAUAUAAUAUAUCGGGGGAAAAAGUAUGAAAGGAAGAAGGUAAUUUUGUAAAAUGAAACGUACCUGUCACCAGCUGUUUCGCGUAUGUCAAAUCACUGUCAAAAUGACAAGCAAAACAAUAACAUAACCUCAAUUUGUUUUUUAAGAUUUACUGAUUUCAUUAAACAUUAAAUUAAUAUCUAAAUUAAUUUGAAUUUACUUUCGAGUGUUAUAGCUUAGUUUGUGACUAUAUAUUUGAAUGUGCAAUUAUUAAUUGAGAGAAAACUUUAUUAAUUAACGACACGACAUGUCGACUGCAAGUGAAAUUUAUACUGAACUUCUGGAACUGAAAACUAGAAUAGGCUUAGAAGAAAUAAGUGAACUUGAUAUAGCGUGUAAGUCAACUAUACAUCGCUUCCUCAGUAAUGACUCUGCAUUGUCUAAUAUUUCUAUUAUUAAAAUUGAUGCAGUCCUGGACUACACCUAUGAGAGAAUAAAUAUUGGAAACUGGAAAGAUGUAAAACCGUAUUUAAGGAAAACCAUGACGAUAGCUUCAUACAUCAAAUUAAUAGCUAGCAUAAAAUCCAUAGAACCUACCUCACAUUUGGAUGUCAUUCACCUUCAAAGAAUGUACAAAAUUAUUGAUCAUGGCCUUAUGUUUGGUUGUCCUAUACAAAAAGAACCACAACUACUACAAAAAUGUGCCACCAUUCUGAACAAACACUACUGUGAACAGUUCACAGAUAUGAAACUAUCAAGUAGUGCCCAGAAUCAAGAUGAGAUCCAAAACAUAGAUUCAAGGUGCCACCAAGGUAAAGAAAUAGAUGUUGUGGACUGCCCAAGUAUGGAAUACUUCUAUAAAGAACACAUACUUACACAGAAACCUGUAGUACUCACCAACUGCAUCCAGCACUGGCCAGCAUUAACAAAAUGGACUGACCAAAAUUACCUUUUAAAACUAGCUGGGUUGAGGACUGUUCCGGUAGAAUUGGGCUCCAAAUACACUGAUGCAGAAUGGACACAAAAACUAAUGACUCUUGGAGACUUCAUAAAGCAACACAUUUUUACCACAGAAGGACCUACAGGCUACCUAGCUCAGUACCAACUAUUUGACCAUAUCUCUGAGCUGAAGAAUGAUAUAUGUGAGCCUGAGUAUUGCUGUUUCUCGGAUACUAAUGAUCCAGUAGAUAUUAAUGCCUGGUUUGGACCUAAAGGCACUGUUUCUCCACUACACCAUGAUCCCAAAAAGAACUUACUAGCCCAAGUUGUGGGAGAGAAAAGGAUAUAUCUUUUUUCUCCCUCUGAUUCAGAGUUUCUGUAUCCACAUGAUGAUGAACUGUUGAAUAACACAGCCAGGGUGGAUCCUAGAUGCCCUGAUUUGGAAUUGUACCCUAAAUACAAGGACGCUAAACCACAAAUUUGCAUACUGAAGCCGGGGCAAAUGUUGUAUAUUCCACCUAAAUGGUGGCACUUUGUAGAGUCACUAUCCAUUAGUUUUUCAGUCAGCUUUUGGUGGGAAUAAAGAACAUAAGUAGGUGUCCUCCUUACAUUAUUUAUAAGUAUGCUGUGAUAAUAGCCUGUAGGUAAAU